GAGGCCUAUGGUCGGGCGUCUGUCUGCGGGCGAGUGAGCGGCUGGGUGUGGUGUGGUGUGUGGCGUGGUGGCGUGUACACAUGCGUGCGUGAAUAGGCAAGGGCAACACUUACACACACCAGCACACAUGAGGGGAAGUUAUUACUGCUCGCCAUCCAUCCACACCGAUUGUAUCUCUCUCUCUCUCUCUACUUCCCUGCACACUCACACACUCUCGCACUCCCUCACACCUUUUCGCCUGCAUGUGCGUGCAUCACUCCACCUCAUGCCUGCUUGCCUGCCUGCCUGCCUGUGAUCGAUCGGAACGGGUGCGUGUGUGUGGCUGUGGACUGACUGCCUUGAGCGUGACGUUGUGUUUUCGGUCGUGUGUUUGUGAUGGAUGGAUGGAUGGACGGAUGGAUGGGAGGGUGGACAGAGCGCAGUACGUAUCACCAUCAAGGCAGGUCUACGAUGCUGUCUGUGUUGUAUGUGUUCGAUUUGGUUCCUUAAAUCUCGCUCGCCUUGUGAGAGAGGAAAGCAUCUAUUGCACUUGACUGGUAGAGAGAUAGAGUAGACAACCUGAGCUCACUGGAGAGUCAGCCGGCACCUAGUCAGCUGACCUGACUGACCUGACAGACAGAUGGACUGACGAUAGCCUCGGUCGCUAGUGUGCGUGGCUUUCAUGGCGGUGUGUGUGGUGGUUGCAAUGAUGUAGGCACACAUGACACAGCUUGGCAAAGACACACAAGGACUUGUAGGCAGAAUGACUUGAACCAGUACAGAAUCCCCACACGCACACGCCCCCUGACAACCAACAGUCCCCCUCAAGAAACGCAGCACACCAUCCCCCAUCCAUCCAUCUGCGGCCGCCUCACGCAAAUUCCGUCCGUCCUCGGCGCCCGCAGGGAAGCACACGUCGAAUCAAAGUGUCCAUUCUCUCUGCUGCCAAUGGUGAAUGACAUAUGAAUGGGCAUCGGAUGCUGACGAGGGUGAUGGAGAGAAAAGGCGUCAUGAGUUGGAGCCAACUUGGAGGAGAUCUGCGUCCUCAUGAAGAUCGGCGGAUCUCUGGUAUGAUUGAUACGGUGGCGGUGCAGGCGGCGUGUGGGUCUCACCCCAACGCAGGAUGGUAAAUUAGUGAUUUCGUCUCCUGAGACUGGGGGCAAGACGGGGGUCGAGACUUGUGAGAUGCCGAAGGGGACAGGCAAAUCGAAGAAGAGGAGGCAUGACACCGCCUCCGCCUCCAGCAUCUUUGGCGCUCUCGGCUUCUUCACACAAGACGCGUCCGACGAGGCAGGCGAGAAGAAGGGCAAGAAAGUGAAGCGAUUCAACCCAUUCGAAUGGAGGCCGGAGGACGGGCUGGUGCCUCCUCGGGAGCAGUGGGGUCGGGCGACUGUGCUGGGCGUGGAGGCCAUGACGGAGGAGGAGAUCAUGGCCGAGGCUGUCCGGCUGGAGGAGGAGCGCAAGAGAGAGGAGGAGGAGAAACGGAAGGCGGAGGAGGCCAGGAGGCGGGCCGGCAUCGAGGAGAGCGAGGCUUCCGAGGAAGAAGAGGAGGUAAUGGAGGAAGCGGAGGAGGUGGGCCCCUCUUUACUGCACUGGUGAUGUUACAUUGCAUAUGUGCACUGUCCUGCCCAUCUAUCAGGAGCUGACCGAGGAGGAGCUGGCCGCAUUGCAAGCCAUGAAGCUCUUCGACUUCGACAUGUACUCACAGCCCUUCCGUCUUUUCCCAUUCCACGCCGACAUUCCCCAUGCUUUGAUGCAGGAACGGCAACCCAGUGAUCGAAGAGGCCGAGAGGGCUACAUACGGAGAGGACCAGCUGUACCUCGCGGACGCCAAAAACCGUCGGGAGAAGCUCCUGCUGCUCAAAAAGAGCCAGCGAGAGGAGCAGCAGCGGAAGGUUGAGGAGGCCCGGCAGCAACUGCGUGAGAAAGAGGAGGCCGAGAAGGCUCUCGAAGCCGGGUCAGAGGAGGAGAGUGAGGAAGAGGAGAGCGUGUCAUCGGAGGCUGAAGAGGAGAAAGCUGAGGAAGAAGAGAAGAAGGAGGAGGAGAUCGUGGAUGUGUUCGAGGCCAAGGACUGGGCGGACCUGCUCAGAGUGACACAUGCACAGAAGGGCUGACGAGGGGUAGGUGCAGACCGUGUGUGUGUCACCUUAUAUAUAUCAGAGGUUAGAGGAGCGGCGGAAGGUGCUCAAGGACCCCCACAAGCGUCCUCGGACCUGGGAGAUCGCCCUGUAUAUCAAUACUUUGCUCAACCUAGAUCGCAAGGAGCUUCUCUGCUUCCUGGUCAUCACAUUCGGACACAUCAACCCGUGAGACAUACAUACACAGCGAUGCGUCCAGUCGUUUUGUUGGUUCCCAUCUUAAUCAGGCGGAAGAAUGGUGGACAGUAUCUGCGUCGGAAGAAGCUCUACUCUCCCGCCUUCAGCAUCAAGCCAGGGGAGCCCCUCCAGCUGCCUGUGCCAAGUGAGACACCACCACAUGCAAUGACGGCACUCCCCUCCCUGUCGUAUGUCGUCAGUGUCGAUGAUCAAGCGUCAGCAGAUCAAGCUGUCGUACGCCAACCUGCCCAACUACAAAGUCAGCUACGACCUCUGGGAGAUCAACCCCUCCACCUUCAACACUCUCUUCGCCGAUAGCUCCAUGACAUUGCAGGAGAUAGUCAACGACAGCAGCGACCAGCAGAUCGCACUGCACCGCCGACUCGCUGACCCCACACGCAAAUCGUAUGAAGCCGUGCUGCUCGAGGUGUGUAUGUGUCUAAAGGGAUGCAAUCAAUGUCGAUCGGCAAUACAGAAAGACACAGAGAGAAAACUCUGUGUGUGUGUGUGUGUGCGUGCAAAUAUGAUCAGGUGACGUGCGAGCUGGCUGAGGUGUUGGAGUUCAUAGUGUCGUUUGAUAGCUGGCAGUUCAUUGGCCACCCCGACAUGCCCAAGCCAUGGCAGGAGCUGCCAAAGGCGCUGGAGAUCAUCUUCCCAUCACGACCGAAGCAGAAAAAGCUCAGAGUAAAGAAGCAGCUGGCUGAUGGAUGAGACACAACGCAAAUGAAAGACGGAUGAUGGAUGGCAUCUAUCUGCUGAUGCAAUGCAGCACAAGCGUGUGUUGAAUGACUCCAUCAACUGGUGGGCAUUCCCCGCCAAAUUCAAGUUUCUUGGGACUAUGAACGAGUUCAAAAACUCUUACUUCACCGUCAAGGUCAGUCAGUAAACAAGACCCAACACGUGAGGUCUCGUCCACUGACCCGCACGUGUCUCUGUCUGUCUGGGCAGAUCUACGGCAAUUUUGGGUGGCAGGUGCCACAAGACCUGAUGGGCGUCUGCUUCUUCAGCAACGCGUCAGUGCUCGACUACCCCAUAUGCAAGUGAGCGACGAGCCGUCCAUCCAACACAAAUCACAAUCACAACCAUGGCGCGCACCUUCUUUCUCUGUUCAGGGGUACAGUGAAGAAGCUGACGACAGAGAUCCACCUGUUUGCUCAGGGUGACGUCAUGGGCAACAUCCGGGUGCAGACGCACAGCCUGGGAGUGUCUGAGGCGGAGCCCCCCACACUCAGGCCGGUGCAGCCGCUGCGGGGGGCCUCACUCCUCACCAAUCUGGAUGUCACAUCGAGACAUCUCAUCAUCAAGUGAACGACGGACGGGAAAAACGGUGUGCUUCAUGUCAUGUGUCUGGAUGUGAUGUGUGUGCCCUUUCAGGCUUCUCUCUUGUCAAAACCUCCCGGCCGCCAACUAUGGCACUGGUGAACGAACACAAGUGACUCCUGCUGGCAGGCCAUCCGCCUGCCUGUUGUCUCGCUAACUCUCCGUCUCUCGGCGUGUGUCAGGGUUCUCUGACCCGUAUGUGAAGGUCAUGUGGGACGGCAUCCAGCAGAACGCCCUGGUGCAGGAGAACACCUGCAGACCCAUAUACAACCAGACCUUCUACUACCCCAUUCGACUCAUCGAUCCAAAGAAGGAACUCAGCGAUCGCCACUUCAGAGAGGUGAGCUCAACUCAGGUGCGUACCAGUCCGUGACCUCAUUUUGCGUCUCUCUCUCUCUCUCUCUCUGCGUGUGUGUGUGGGUGGGUGGGUAUGCAGACGUGUUUGCCUCUCGAUUUGCUGAACAAGGGGAGCAUCAUGUUUGAGGUGUGGCACCAGGACGACACUUUGGGAGAGUUUCUGGGCGGCUGUGAGGUCUCCCUUGCCGUCAUCUCGUCCAUCAUCGACUACGAAAUGAGAUCACUCGCUGGCGUGAGUCAGCCAAAGUGACAAUGAAAAGGCGACGAGAGCGACGAACACCACACGCAUCCGUUUUCUUUGUCCAUCAGCGUUCGGGCGAGGAGGGCAUGACCAAGACGAGCAUGACGGGCAAGCCAGUGAGGUUCAAGCGUGAAGAUGAGGAGGAAGAGGAGGCCGAGAGCGAGGCAGAGACGGUCGACCUCGAGGUCUCCCCAUACGAGCGGCCCUACCCCGUCAGGGUGUAUCGCGCCGUGGAGCUGCCGCUGAGCGGCACCACCGUCGCAGUGCUCAACGAGGCGCAGAGCACCAUUACAUUCGAGUUUUUUAUCCUCCCCGACCUGCCACGCGACUGCGUCUUCACCCCAAUACCCCCGUCAGAGCAGAACUUCGACAUCAUCGAAACGCUGAACCGCAGGCGCGUCAGAGAAGAGGAGACAUGAGCUGGCUAUGAUGCAUUUCUGUGUGUGCAGGUGGGAGCGUGACUUUCGUAACUGGAUGAAGAAAUACAUGGCUUGGUUUCCCAAGGCGCCGUCGAAUAGAAGGUGAGCGGCGCAGAUAGAUGCUUGUAGCCGCAUCUCUCUCUCUUUUUUCAUACACACAGGUUCUAUGCUGCCGCGGAGCGCCCGGUGACGCGCAACAUCUACCCUCUGCCGUCGUUUCUGUCGCCUCUGUCUUUGCCCGAGGUGAUCAACACGCACGCCAAGUUGUUCCACUGGGUCGGGUGCUUCAGCUACGUAUACACACCCAGACAGCUCAGGACGGGCCAGUUCCCCAGAUGGUGCCACAUCGGACACCUGCUCAUGUCGCGCAAGGGCGGCGUGAAUGACCACGCUCUUCUGCUGUGUGCUGCAUUGCUGGGCGCCAAAAUGGACGCAUACGUAUGGAAAGGUAAGACUGACAAGGGGAUGGGAUGCUGCUGCCUGCUCAUCUGCUGUGUGUGUGUGCAGGUACGAUCAAGGGCGGGAGCGAGGAGCAUUGCUGGGUCAUGACGAGGGAAGAGGACGGCUUCGCCGUCUUCUGGGAAGUCACCACUCGGGAGAAGUUCCACCUGCCCUCCAGGCACCCAACGGAGACGCACCUGACUUCGCCCACAGCCAUUCCCUCCCUCCGCGUCUUUUGCAGGUGGGGCCACGGCCCUUCGGUUGUGAUAGAGCCGCUCGAGGAUGAGCUGUACUAUGACUCCUCAUGGCUGCUCAGCCAGAGGAGGGGAGGAAUCGUAAGGAAGACGAUCAGUCCGGCUGACGAUAUAUGCCACGCUCUGAGCGACUCGUGACCCGUGUCUCGUGUCUGAUGCACUUUUUGGCUGCCGAGCCGAAUGAGUUGGUCUACGAUGACCUCGGGAAGGACAACGAGGUGCCCGACCAGAAGGUGAAUGGUCCGGCAGCCGAAUAUAUACGAGAUGUUGUCUCCAUAUGUCAUUCCUGUUUGCCUGUCGUCAAUCAGAUCAGUCUUGACGAGCUCGAUCAGGAGUGGCUGCCAGACGUCGGAUCCAAACGGACAGUAAGCUUCAUACAGCAGACGGGGGGGAGACACACAGUGCAGUGCUGCUGUCUUCCCGUGCGUUUGGUUUGUUUGUGCAGCGUUCGAGCAAGAUCGAUCGCGAGAAGAAGGACAAGUACAGCACAGACUCCUGCCGCAAGAUGCUGCAACGACACCUUGAGAGACCCCCGAUCGCACCACAAAAGGUCAGAUUGCCCCAACAAACGGUCGUGCAUCCCAUCAACUAACUCGUGUGUGCGUGCGCAUGCAAUGCAGUUUCUGCUGAUCCCCGAGGAGACAUUUGUGCCAGUGCCGUACUCGACUGUCGAGGUGGUCUUCAACCAUGAGCAGCUGUGGGGCAACCUGCAGAAUGCCAACCCAGGCGUCAUCACAUACGAUUUCGAAGACGAGUGGAAAUGGAGGUAGGUACACAAACAAAAAGGUGAUCGAAAGCGAAAGCCCAUGUGCCGUGCCCAUGUCUCAUUGACCGACCGGAAGGGCGUUUCUUGCCACCCCGGCCACACCGAUCACCAGCGUCAAUGAGCUGAUCCUCCAGCCGCCACUCACGCCAGCCCAAUGGUGUGUGUCCACAGCCAACAGGCACAUGGCUGGAUGCCAUGCUCACACUGCAUCACCAUUGUCCUCUUUCCCCAUUGUUGUGUGUCACCAGUUCCCGUAUGGCGGAUGCGCUUGCGCGUCAGGUGGUGGAGAGCAUCCAGCUGGUGCGCAACAAGAGGGGCCAGGAGACGCUUAUCGACGAGAGCGAGUCACUGCGGCUGAGGCUUUUUGACUACAUCGACCUCCUGGAGUUCCGCAUGUCUCUUGACUUCGACAUGGACCCUGGUAGCAUGCAAAGGGAAGGCAUGCAUAUCAGGAUAUGCUAUUUGUUCAUCCUCUGUCAAUGUCCGUGUGUGGUCAGGUCCGGACGAGGACCACAUUGGGUGGACGAAGGCUGAGGAUCGUGUCAAGUCGGAGCAACGGAUAGGCGAGACCCUCGUGCAGGGGGAGGAGGCCAGAGAGCUGAGAGAGAAGGAAGAAAAGGGCCUGGUGGAGGUGAGAUAUUCAGUGCACUCACGGAUGCAUGGAACAGUGAUGCCAUUCACCCAUCCAUCCAUCCGUCCAUCCAUCAGUCCCCUGUGUGUGUCUCUGUCUCUCCCACCAGUAUGAUGCCUACGGCAACCCGAUCAUCGUUGAAGAUGACGUCCAAGACUUCGACUACAACCAAAUGUCAAUGGCCUACCAGCAAAAUCUCCAGGCCCUCCACGCCACCAACCCAAAGAUACCCUUCUACCCUCAACAAGGAGGCAGCACACCCCUCGCCCCGCCCCCCCAGCCUCCCCCGAUCAACCACGAGUACUUCGGCGACACGCCUAUCAUCCCCUCGAUGGACCUGCAGCCGCCGCCUGCAGGAGUGGAGGGGCUUGAGGGUGAGGAGGAGGAGGGGCAGCAGGGCAACGAGUGGAUGUCUCCCGAGGCCAUGGGUGCUCAGUUUCUGGCGCCCCCGCCGGCGACAAGGAAGGAGCAGCUGCAGGAGGAGAGACAGAAGUGGUUCGAGUACUAUGAAAGGGUAAGCAAUCGAUCGCUUGGUUCUUUCUUUGCACAUCAUGUGGUCAGUCAGGCUUACAGUGGUGUAUAUGUACGUGUGUGUAUUCGCAGGAGAGCAGGUUGUACAAAGAGCAGAAGAGGUUCCCCUGCCGGCCGAACCACUCGUUCGUCGGGUUUCCCCUCCACUUAUCCACAAUCAGUAAGUACGCCACACGAAGAGCAACCAGAUCGCCUGUCUCUGUCUCUAAUUCGCUGCUCCCUGCAGACAAGUCGGAGGUGACGAACUAUCUGCUCACGUCUGUGCGCUUCCAGCGGUUGGUGGAGCUGGACAUCCACGACAUCGUCUUCACUGUUGUGGGCAAGAUGUUUCCCUGGGUGGGGGGCGUCUGCUCCGCGUGGCUUUUCAUCGGAUGCCAAGUGCCUUGGCAGGUGCGUGGCGUGCGUGAGUGGUGAAGGAAGGUUGACUGUACGAUGAGACGACACCCACCCUUGAUCUGUCUGUCGCGUGUGUGCAGGGUUCGCGUGACAAGUUGCAUCGGAUAACCAAGGAGAACAGAGGUCUACUCUUUGUAAGCAACCAGGCCAUCGAUCUCAAAGCCGCUGCUGCGGUGGGUGGGCCACACAUGCAUCCGCAAGGCCUUGACGUGCAUGUCUGUCGCCUUGCUGUCUGUUCAUUCAGGAGGAAGAGGAGAAGAGGAAGGCCAAGCGAACGAAGAAGAAGCGGCUCGGGAAGAAACAGAGUGCAUCAUAAGGAAGGGCUGCCUGCCUGCCUGUGUCGUUUUGUCUGUGUCUCUGGCUUUUGGCACACAAGUUAGUAGGGGAUGUAGCUGGAUGCUGUGUGGGUUGUGUAAUGUAGUAGGCAGGCCUAGUGAGAGCCAGUAGACAUUUGUGGCCUGCCUCAUCCCUAUCGAUCCUACCUAC